ACGCUCCAACCAUUCAUUCGCCAACCAGCCACCGAAGUGGCAUAUCGCACACGCGGAAAAGCACUCGACGCGCGCGCUGAAUGCUCAACGAUCAACGACAAUUGUGAUCCCGGAUAAUCAGUGCACAUAUAAAUUCUGAAUAAAAUUGUAACAGUGCGAAUGAAAGAAUGUGAAUAAAUUGUUAAUUGAAUUAAGGUGAAUUUGAAUUGCAGAACGCGUUGCGAUGGCUAAAGAAGCCACCACAUCCGAAGCAGCAACGGCAACAAAAAUUUAUGCAACAGUUAUUAACUAGCCAGCAACCGAAAGUAAUAAAACUAAUAAGAAAAGGCUAAAUAAGUGAAAAAUUACUAAAACAAAAACAAACAAAAAGAAAAACCAAAAAACCAAAAACUACCACAGUGGCAAUAAAACGCAUUGGCAAAAUUAAAUUAUGUGCAAAAAAGCGAGCGAUUACAGUAAGAAUAACAACAACAACAGCAAUAACUUCGAAGAAGUAAACGCAAAUUAAUAGCAACAGCAUAAGUAUAAAAGCAACAAUUAAACAACACGCUGAACAAUGUUUUGAGGCAAUUUAAAUCAAAGCAAAAAUCAGCACAUAUUUUACACAACAACAACAACAACACAAAAACGCGUAUAAAUAAACAAAAAUUACAACAGUAACAAAAGCAUAAAAAAGCAAAAAUCGAGACGCUGCAAAAAACUAAAAAAAUUCGGCUGACUGUUGGAAAAUCGCAACAACAACAAAUAACAGUAACAACAAAAAUUACGCCCGCGCAGCUGUUGCGUGCGCACGCCCAUCAAGCAGCCCUACGACAGACCAGACCAACCAACAACAAUUAGCUUGGCUUAGCCACACAGCGGGAGUCGCUUUUUCGUGCGCUUGCAGUGCAGUGGUGUUGGCCCACCAACUUGGCUCCACACAGCGUGGUGAUCGCAUGCCUAACAUCAGCUGCAAUGCACACGGAUUAGUUAGAGCAACAGCUGUUGUUGUUUUGUUAUUGCUGUUGUUGGCUGAGCUGCCCCCAUUUAUGCCCAGCUCACCAGCAGCGGCAACACCACGUCACGCUGAGCGCACGCGCUGCCGCCUACUCCUCUGCACUCGGCGCUGCAUAUGGCUGUGUUAGCUUUGCUUUGCUUUCAUUUUUCCGCGCUUUGCGUUUUCCAUUUUCAACGUUUUUUUAUAACUGUUUAGUGUUUUUGUUGAUAUUUGUUGUUGCUGAAAAGUUCGUAAACGCCAACGCUUGAUGAUGUGCUCACCUAGUGGCUUCGUUUUCAUUUUAAUUGCUACUUUAAUUUGGAAUUGUUUGCAUUUUGAGUGUGCGGUGCACGACAACAACAACAACAAUAACAACCCCACCAGUAGUAGUAAUGCUGGUAGCAACAACAGCAACAACAAAUCUGGUGUUGUUAAUCGCAGUUGGUUUAACAAAGCCACAGCGAGUCAAAAUAAUGUGGUUGGUCCCCAAGCAGCUGAUGGCAGUAGAAGUAGCAGCAGCAGCACCCACAAUAACGGUAUUACCAACAGCAACACAAACGUGAAGGCUAGCCCUCGCGCUGUUGGCGGUCGCCGUCUGCGCAUCGAUAUCACGCGGAAGCACAGCGUUCAUCUGAAUGGUGUCGAGAUUAAGGAAAGUUCACUUGCAGACCAUUUGGCAGAACAUGAAAAGGAACUAAUAUUUGGAAAAGUGAAAGAAGGGCGUCCACUCAAAUUGGUGCAUUUGCAACAUCUAACAGAUGCCAGCGUCGACGACGAUGGAGCGAGUAAUGUUGCUGCUGCUGAUUCAGCAACGCCGGCAGCUUUCAUGUCACAACAACAGCAGCAACAGGCAGCGUACAAAUCAUCGCAUCGUGUCAAACGUUCUGACACCAGCGCCACCGCAGCGCAGAGUCAAAGCGAAGGCGCCCAACCACAAGCGGCAAGCCAGGCGAGUGAGGACGUUGUCUCUGUGCAAAUAAAAGACAACGACCAAUCGGUGCACCUACAGCUACGCCAGACACCGAAACUAAUCGACGACGCUUUUGUAUUCAUCCGACGCUAUGCCAACUCGACGCAGUUCAUUGAGGAUUCGCAUAAAUUAGCCGAGCGGUAUGAGCGUUGCUUUUACAGUAAUGAAAAUUCAGCACUUGACCUUUGCGAUGAUGAAAAUGUGCGUGGCGUUUUCCAUCACAACUCCACCAACUACAUCAUACAUCCACUGCCUGCCCGUUUUGGCAACUCAACUCACGUAAUACUCGAAUCGAAUUAUCACCUGCCGCCCAAAGACACCAGAGAAUCUGCCGUUAUGCCAUUGGCUGCAAGCGUACUCAACGCUAGCGUACAGUUUGAGCCUGAAGAGGAGGGCUUCAACGAGUUGAACGACUUCUCGUUAGAACAUACAGUAAGUGAGUACACCACACGUCCAGUACGUAAUACCGGGUAUGAGGCGCACGAAGAUUUCGCGGAAGACGGAACAACACAUAACUACACAUAUCAUCACAAUGGAAGAGGCGAUAAAUUAAAGAAAUAUGUGGCUAUAAAUUUACGUUAUAAGCCAAGUUAUCAUCAUCAUCACAACGGCGAACAGCAGCAACUGAAACGUCAGCGACAGCGACAACAACAUUCACAGCAUCAACAGUACCAUGAACAGAAGUCGCAGAAACUGCCUCAACGCCAAAGAAAACAAAAAGAACAUCACCAACACCAUAAACAACAACAAACGCUGCCAACACUACUUGAACACAUCGAUUUGCAGCACAACAACAAUAACAAAGAAGAAAACGUUAAGAAAAACAAAAAUAAUGACGAACACGGUGACUAUCAAAAGCGUACACGUCGUCGUCGGCGUCGUAACAUUGCUUCGGGCAGUACGAAAAUACCACAAGAUCUGUAUAUUGAGACAGCGAUCUUUGUUGAUCGUGAUCUCUUCCAGCAUAUGUCGAAGAAUUUCCCCGACAAUACCGAAAGUCAAAUGAUACGUUUUGUAUUGGCAAUGAUAAAUGCUGUGCAACUAUUGUAUCACGAUCGUUCCCUAGGGCGUCGUAUUAAUUUCGUAUUGAAACGUUUGGAGAUACUUUACAAUGACCCGUCCAGUUUACGGCGUUCCGAUGAUAUUGACACGUAUUUGAGUAAUUUUUGUGAGUGGCAGCAACGUUUGAAUCCGCCGAAGGAUAGUGACACCAUGCACUAUGAUCAUGCAGUCAUCUUAACAGGUCUGGAUUUGUAUGUGGUAGAUAAAGGCGGUAAGAAGAUCAGUCAGGUGGUUGGUCUGGCCCCAGUGUCUGGUAUGUGUACAAACACUUCUUCAUGCACCAUCAACGAGGGCAAACAUUUCGAAAGUGUUUUCGUUGUAGCACACGAGAUCGGACAUAAUCUCGGCAUGCGUCACGAUACAAUAAACGAACGAAAUUGUGAUCCCACACGUUAUAUUAUGUCGCCCACACUGGGCAGCGGCAAGACAACAUGGUCGGACUGUUCGCGUGAUUAUUUAGAAACGUUUUUGCGAAAAGGUUUAGGCAGCUGUCUCUUCGAUCACGGUCAGUUCGCCAACAAUUUGGACCACUCGGCUGAGGGUAUACUGCCGGGUGAACGUUUCGAUGCCGAUCAACAGUGUAUGCUUAAAUAUGGACGUCCUUCAAUGCGUGCGAAAAACCAAAAGCAAUCAGAUAUUUGCACAGACUUACACUGUCAGCGCGAUCGCCAUACUUGGACUUCGCAUCCGGCUUUGGAGGGUACCACUUGCGGAUCAAAUAUGUGGUGUCGUAGCGGUACUUGUGUGAUACGCCCUGCCUAUACGGAGUCCUACCAUACACCUAAGCUUAUAUCCACAGCUACCAAAGUGGGUUAUGAUAAGUCGAAUUUUCUGGAAUCAAGUAAGAUGGGUCAUUUGUUGCACGAAUACAACUACAAUAAGCCUUUGAGUUGGAGUGAAUGGAGCGAGGCGAGCGACUGUGCAUCCGGUUGUCUAUAUGGACCUUCGCGUCGUCUACUUGAAGGCAGCACCGGUCUACGAACCUACUCACGUAGAUGUAUCGACCACUAUCGACGUUGCCUCGGACGUGAUCACAAAUAUGAAACUUGUGUAGCCAAAGAUUGUUACAGUCUGAAAAUUGUGAUGACAAUUGAAGAAUUCGCUUACGACAAAUGCAGUCGUGCACAAAAGUCGGACGUUGAGUUGACAGGCGAGGGCGUGCAAAUAAUAGGCGAUAUAGAGGAAUCCUGCAAGGUAUACUGUCGCACAAAAACGAAUGGCACAAAAACGCGUCGCUGGACUUUUCCUGACGGCACCACUUGCCGUACAACACUUUACAAGGCCGAAGAUAUAUCAUAUUGCAUUGGUGGGCGAUGUGAGAAGUUCUCGUGCGACAAUUCGACACAAAAUUACAAUAAAUUGGAUCCGCAUUUGUGUGAACAACGACGGACGUCACCGGCACGUGCCGAGGAAUCGGAGAGCCGGCGCUACAAUAUGGUGCAUGCAACCACAGCCAGCGGCAAUAAUUUAAAUUAUAAUAAAAAUUUCAAUAACAACAACAAUAACAUACCACAGUACAAUAUCUAUGCGCCAACAACAUACCGCAGUAAAUAUGAGAAUGAGGUGGCUGUACGCAGUUUCCAUGGUCAGGAACGUGAAUCGCCCUACAAACGUAAAACGGGCGUCUAUCAACCGUGGAAUAAAUACAAUUAUCCGCUGCGCGACUCAGCACAACCCGUGGCGCAGCCACAGCCACCGAAGCCGCCACCUCCCGUCUCGGCUUCUUUGGUAGCCAUGGACACGGCAGCGUCGGCGGCGGCAAUAGUGGAACCAGAAUGGAUUGUCAAAUCGGGUUGUCAUUCAAGUUGUAUGGCCAAAUCGAAGGGCAUUCAAGUGGUGACCUCGCGCCGCACUAGUGCCAAUAAUAUACAGCUGUGCACGCAUACCGCCAAGCCUUGUGAACGCCUGCUGUCGGCCACCGAACACGCGGAACACACUUGUGCGCGCUACAAGCUGAAGGUGCGCGGUCUCUCUGGCUAUGGCACGCAAAUUGCGGCGAGUGUUGAUGAGCCGGAUCGGAGUUGCCGUGUCGGCUGUCAGGAUGAAUCCAUUAAGUAUCGCUUCUAUUUGGUGAAUGGCCGGUAUGGGCACUUUCCGUUGGGUACUAAAUGCUCAAACACCGAAGAACGUUAUUGCGUCAAUGGCAAGUGCUUGGAAUUUGGGCCAGACAAUAUACCGUUGCAGCAGUCGCACAUCAGUUUGGCCUUGUUUCGCAGUCGCCGUUCGGUGCCGUCGUACGAUGUGCUGACGCCGGACGAACUUGUGGAGCCUACGGUGGAGAGCGUACGACAACGGCGUAGUUAUCUCUACUUCGACCCCGUAAAUAUCACGGAGACAAUCACACAGGAUUUCAUUAAUACCAUUGUGAAGAGUAUAAUGGACUUUGAGCAGCAGCAUGUCGAAGAUGAAUCACUCAAUCGCGAUCACAUCGAAUUCAAUAAUCCCAUAAACAUAGCCACGGAAGUUGAAGUAACCACGGAACUGCCAACGAGCACAUAGAUUCCAAUAUCUAUUUUCUUCGAAUAUCGAAUUGAAAAUUAUUUAUAAAUAAUACUUUACACACAAGUUUUAUAUAUUUAUUUUUUUUUUUGUGUUAAGAUUUGCGUUCCAAACACGAAUUUUGUAUGUUUGCGCUUUUGUAGUGAUAUUUUCAUUAGGAUUUUGAAUAAAUCAUAGCUUUCGAAUUGAUCUUAAGUUUAAAACAAAAAAAAUAUUAUUUAUAUAAUAUGUAUGUAUUUUAAUUGCAUAUAUUAUAAUAUAUUAUGCUGAUAAUGUGUCUUAUAUUGCCCGAAUAUGAAUUGUAGAAUAUGUAUAUG